AUCGAUGUAUCUUUAAGCUAUCGAUGAAAAUCUAUUGAUUUUUCAUAUCCAUCAGUUUGGAAAAAACGGAAAGUUUGAAAAACACCGUAAAGUCGGGGAUAAUCUUUAAUAUCGAAAAGCUUAAGUGCAGAAAAAUGGGCGCCGCUUUCUUUCCUGUGCUGUUUUUCACCGCCUUGUGGGGCGGCGUGGGCAUUGCCAUGCCCAUAAUGACCCCCAAAGGACCUCACCAGAACCUGAUUCGCUGCAUCCUGAUGUUGGCCGCCGCCUGCUGCUGGCUCUUUUGGUUGUGCUGCUACAUGGCCCAGAUGAACCCGCUGAUUGGCCCCAAACUGAAGCGGGAUGUGGUGGCCAUGAUUGGCAAGUCCUGGCACAACGAAAUUGUGGCGGGUUAAUGGGAUGAUUAUUAACAUAAAGUUUCAGCUAACCAUCAUAUUACCCAAUUAAACUGUUUAUAUUGUGUUGUAAAUAAACUGUGCAAAUUCCCAAUGUUCUAAACUGUUAGCUGUUUCAAAUCCCAAGUUAAUGUACCUACCGCUUAAAAACUGUUUGAGAUUUGUUUGAUUACGUUGUUUGAUUACGUUGUAAAUAAGAAGUAAAACUAUUUGUUGCUUAAGAGGAUUCGUAAAAAAAACACUGAAAAACUGCUGCAUUAAAAAAUUUAAGAAUCAUAUAAUGGAUUUUUUUUAUAAACCAAUUUCCUAAAAUGAAAAUCAUUGAGAUUAAAUUUAAAGAAAUACAAAAGAUAAAUAAUUAUACCAACAACGCCAAUUGGUUUACACUUUGUUUUAUAAACCUAAAAACCCUUAAACUAAUUUAUUUCGCAAUAUCUAAUUGUCUAAUUGUAAUCUAAAACGUUAAGAACCAUUUAAUAAAAUGAAUGGUGUUAAUUUGAAA